CUAGAGGGCGCCAAUAACCCGUGAAUUACGCUCAACUUGUAGCGAACGUGAACAGUGAGUAAAUGUUCUUGAGAUGUUUGGGUUCAGCGGCUGAAAUCGGAAGAUAAGAACUCUGAAAGUGUUGUGACCACUCAUGACAUGAACACAAUGUCGCGCGUGGUGGAAGCGGUGGCAUAAAAAAGCCAGAUAACUUAUAAGGUUGUGCGUAAAAACAUUUAAAAUUCAAUUCAAUACAUUGAAAUCUGACAUUGGAAGUAUGAUACUAUUUUCUCGUCUUCUUGUGAUUGUUUAGAAUAGAUUUAAAAUAAUUUUAAUAAAAUAAAAAUAAAGGAAAUACGCAAACUAAUCGAGGAUUAGGCCAGAUAAUGUUUGCGUAAAUGUCAAAUUUCAUUUUAAUCGAUGCGUUUUUUCCCCAUCCAAAGCUGUUCUGGUGGAUCUAAAACCCUCUGAUGAAAACCUCUACUGAAACGGUCAACAGCGUGGAUUCCUCCCCUCAGCCUCCAAGAAAACGACCUCCUAUUACUUCAAGUCACCCCGCCCGUCUGCCUCUCGUCUCCUCCCCUAAACCUUAACUGCGAUCAACCUUUUGAGCGCCUCUGUGCUUUGGAUAUCACUGACACUGCGAGAAAGUGAUAGAGCCAAAACAGACUCUUGCUACAUUCCCUCAGACUAUACCUUCCUUGACACCCAACAGCAGAAUUACGGGGAGGAGGACGCACAAGUGCGGGCGCGUUUGCGUGCCUGCCGAACAAUGCGCUGAGCGCCAAAGCAUCCGAUCUAGAUUGGAAUAAAGAGUUCAUCACGGGAAGUCUUUGGAAACGCGCGCAGUUUGGCAAGAAACAAAAGGCGACCUUAAUGCGUCCACUGUAGGAAGAGUCAUGCAUCUGAACACAGAAGAAGACAACAGCAAAGGCUCAGUGUCUCUCAGUGUUUUCCUGCUGUCUGUUGCAUUCGUAAUAUGUGCCAUUUGGCUGGUAGCUCUAUGUGGCGUCUGCACCUGGUGUCAGCGUAAACUGGGCAUGAGGAAUAAGCCAGGGGUGGAAGCUGCCGGCUCUCCAGAUUCGCCGAGAGGCCGAGGGGAAAAUAAAGCCAUCAAUGAUCUAGACAGAGACUUCUGGAAUAACAACGACAGCAGCAAUGUGCAGCAGAGGUGGAGCUCCUAUCCACCCAAAGAGUUUCUCCUAAACAUGUCUCCCUACGCUCCCUAUGGAGAUCCUCGUCUAACACCAAAUGGGGCAGUGGAUAAGGGUGGGCAGGGCGGUGCUGGACCCUCACCGGGGGCCAGUGACAGCGGGGGCGGCGCCUGCUCCGGUACAGGAGCGGGGCCGAGUCGCAGUGACAGCGUUCGAAGCAUGGUGUCUGGCGGCAGCAAGGCUGGGCGCUGGCAGACGGUCCAGAGCCACAUGCAUGCCGGAGGCCUGCGGUUUGGCAAUUUCGGGGACGCCUCCCUCUCUUCUGCCUCCACCCUUGAGCACAUCCCGUCCUCGGCUGUGGCGCGGCCCCGCCCCCUGGUCCGGCAGCAGAGCCUCCAACAGCCUCUCACUCACCAGCCUCCCCCGGGUCCCAACGACCCUCCGGUCACCUCACAAAGCCUGGGCCAGCUCCACACGGGUCCAGGCGGCGGGGGCCACCGUGGGGGCCCGCGGGGGGUCCGGGGGAGUCCGGCUGGAGCCUCCCGGUAUCGAACAGGGGCCGGACGAUCACGCUCAAAUCCAGGCAGCUGGGACCACAUGAUGGAGCAAAUCCGCCACAGAGGGCUGGACGUCAAGUCUUUUCUUGAGGGGAAGAUGGUUGUUCUGUCUCUAGCAAUCGGGCUGGCUGAACAGGAUGACUUUGCCAACCUCCCAGAUCUUCAGGAAGCACCAACAGGCAAAGAAAAUGAAACCACACCAGACAAAAGAACACCUGGUAACAAACCAGGCAGCAGCCCCAGAGGUCAGACGGCGGAAGAGGCUGGACGCAGACAGGGACAGAGCAACGAAGCCAACUCCUCCGUCUCUGACUUGGCCAACUCCGUCACCAGUGAAAUGCUCAUGUUGUCCCCAGGCUCAGAGGAGGAUGAGCAUGAGGGUCCGGUGCGUGAGAAGCUGGGUCGCAUUCAGUUCAGCGUCGGCUACAGCUUUCAAGACUCAACGCUCACUGUCAAAAUCCUCAAGGGUCAGGAGUUACCCGCCAAGGAUUUUUCUGGAACUUCCGACCCUUUUGUUAAAUUGUACCUGCUGCCUGACAAGAAGCACAAACUGGAGACGAAAGUGAAGAGAAAGAAUCUAAAUCCCCACUGGAAUGAGACCUUUCUGUUUGAAGGGUUUCCCUAUGAAAAGGUGGUUCAGAGGACUCUGUACCUGCAGGUUCUUGACUACGACCGAUUCAGCAGGAAUGACCCCAUAGGAGAAGUAUCCAUCCCCCUCAACAAACUGGACCUGGCCAACAUGCAAACUUUCUGGAAGGAGCUGAAACCAUGUAGCGAUGGCAGCGGAAGUCGAGGAGAUCUGCUGGUUUCUUUGUGUUACAACCCUACAGCCAACAUCAUCACUGUGAGCAUCAUCAAAGCCCGCAAUCUCAAAGCCAUGGACAUCGGUGGCACUUCUGACCCCUAUGUAAAAGUGUGGUUGAUGAACAAGGAUAAGCGCGUGGAGAAGAAGAAGACAGCGGUAAUGAAACGCUGUCUGAACCCUGUUUUCAAUGAGUCCUUCCCCUUUGACGUGCCUGCCCACGUACUGAGGGAGACCACCAUAAUUAUCACUGUCAUGGACAAGGACAGACUCAGUCGCAAUGAUGUCAUUGGAAAGAUUUACCUUUCAUGGAAGAGUGGCCCUGCAGAAGUGAAACACUGGAAAGACAUGAUGGGUCAUCCUCGCACUACCGUGGCCCAGUGGCAUGCUCUCAAGGCCUGAGGGACCCAGCAGGCGACCUACCUGCAAUGUUUUUUUCCCCCCAGAGUUCAGCAUUAGUUGCUCAGUCCCAGCUCUCAGCACACAGCCCCCCCUCCUGCUUGCACGCAGGGGUGGGCUGUAGACCAUGUCUCACCUCUUUUUUCUCAGGCCUCUUUGAUAUUCCUUCCCCUCAUCUAUGUGACACUUAAAUUUCACCCCUUGUCAAGUUGUGAUUUCCACCUGACUCUUUUCUAUCUGUCUGUCUGAACUUAAAAAUGCCUUUGAUGUCUCUACUUCCCUGUGCCCUCUUUCCAUUUCUUCCCGAGAUGUCCCUCAAUCUUUCUUCCAUCAUGAAAGAUUGAGACCAUUCCCAGAGUGUAACAUCAGAGCGCCCAUGAAUACAAACUACCCACCGAAAAAACAGGAUCAAACUGAUUGUCGAGCCACCCUCUCUGGCAGUGAGAUGGACCGUGAUAAAACCUGCACACGAGUGUGACCGCCACUGACCUGUGGAGCCCACUUACCACCUACCUGUGAAGCGGAAGCAGGAGCCUCCCACUCUGCUCUUGGCUGUUCCGCUUCAUGUUUACCGGUCCUGAACUCCCAUAACAUCGCUAAGAUAAUCAGGAACCCCUCAAAGGCAAGAAAGAGUCACACGUUGAAUUUUAAAAGAGAUCCGAAAUGCUCAACUUGUGUUUAAUCUUUUCCACCUUUCAUUCUAAACACUGUAAUAAUUCUCCCUUUGGCCGGAACCCCUUUGUUGUCCGUGCGUGCUGUGAGUGACGUGCCGUGAUCCCAAAUGAGGUUCCUCAACAAAUAAAAAAAGAAAAAAGAACAUAAAUAGAUGGGUAUGAGCAUUUAACACCGUGGUCUGGUAGGCAAACUUAUCAAAAUCUUUUUUUUUCCAAAAAAGCAUCUUGAUAGAUGUAAAAAAGAAGCAAAAUUGAUUCACAAUUUUUGUUUGUAUUUAUUAUUUACAAGUAAAGAAUAAACUUGUUCUUCCAGCCUAAAAAGAAAGCAACGUCAGGUGCAGAUGAAUGUUACAUUGCGUGUGCAUCUGAUAGUAAAGGAGAGUAUUGAUCAGUUUGUUACAACUAAGAGUUGAAAAGAAAUCGGCCAAUAAUUAGUCCACCCAAAUCACAACCCUGACAGGGGUGGGCAAACUAUGACCAUAUGCGUCCCCGGUGUCUAACCAUAGAUGGCACCCUAUAAAUAUAUUGACGUUUUUUAGGUCCAGAAUGUUACACUGCAUUCAUGUGGUGUUGGAAGAUUUGUUGAUUUUCUCAUGUUUAUAUGUGCUUUCCGAGUCGGAAGGUCAUUUGUCCAAUCUUUCCAACACCACAUGAAUGCAAUAUUUCUCUAAGCUUGCAUUUUCCCUGAAGGACAUCAACAAAAAGAGAACAAAAACCACAGUUUUGGAAUAAAAACUCCAAAAGGUUAUGCUUUAAAGCAGAGGUGUCAAACUCAAUGUUAUUAUUUUCACUUAUGAUUUGGGACUACCAAAAAACUCUGCUCCUGGUUCAGCCCUAUUGUCAAAUUUUAGACCACUUUGUGGCCCAUGAGUUAAAAUGUUUGCCCACCCCUACUGUAAGAUGUUUGUCUGCCAUUGGUGGAUGGCACAAACCUGGCAACGCCACAGGAAACUGCAUAAACACACAUUUGUUUCCUGAAUCUAAAAAUAUAUAUAUAUGUCUGCUUAAAAUAAUGAAAAAAACUCAAAACAUCAAGCUGCCAAAUCAGACUCAUGUAAAGUUGUAAUCUUUUCUAAAUUUAUGCAGAGGAGUUUGUACAAAAUGCAUUAAAAAGUGGCUUAAGACAAGAAGAAGUCUACCAGAAGGACAGACGUAACGGUCAUGCAGAAAUGAAAGUUAAACAGAGGAAAAAGUCUUAAUUAAAAGCUCAUUUGCUUUGCUUUGAAGACUGAAUCCAGUUUGUUCCAACAUAGUGAGUGAGCUAACAAUUAGUCUCAAUUCUGGAAAUGUUCGAGUGUUCUAUAAUCUUUAGCUAACUAGUUACACAAAAUUGCAAACUUGAGAAAAGUUUCAACUUCUGUUGAACAAAAAAGAAAUGAGUUUUUAUUCUUUUGAUCCUAGUUUGUGUGAGCCAAAAAAGGAGCGACUGAACAGUAUGGGACCAAGGUGCAAUAUUGUCAGAAGGGAAAAAAAAGCUAUAAAACAAAUAAAUAAAGUGGAUUUUUAUUUUUUAAAUUUUGAACAUUUGUGUGUGAUUUGGGUGAACUGAUUGGGGAAUUUAUGCAAUAAAUCGUCCAAAAAGAGGAUUUGUCAAGAAGGUGAAAUGAAACCACACCAAUCAAACAAACUUAUUCUAGGUUGUGGACAGAGUUGUAUUCGAGUGUGGGGUUUUAGCCCCGGACUCAGAAUCCUCAGACCUCACUGGAUGGGGAAUUUAUGAUAAUUUGGGGCUCCUGACUAAAGUUCAGGUCAGUCUUCCAGGUGUUUACUUUACUGCCCCAUCGAGUUCCAAGUAGACCUGAUCGCAUGAAGGAAAAUAAAAAAAGAGUAAUAAUAUCUGCGGGGAGGGAGUACUUCUACAUUCCAUUGUUGGUUGUGUCUUCAGGACUGUGUGCGUGUGUGUGAAUGUCAAUACUAGGACUUUGCUUUGUGUGAUUGUGUUUACUGUAAGUCUUGCUGUGUACCUGAACUUUUCUGCCAGUUUAGGAGAGAAUAAAAAAAACACUUUUCUAUUUUUCUUCUGUAUGGAUUUAAAUCUGCAAAAGAAAUGUGAUUAUUUUACUUUUAAGACUAGCACUGAACUUUCUGGAGAUAAUGCUGGAACAAACCUCUCAAUAGCAGGGUUUUCUUUUGUCUUUUUCUGGUUUGGUUCGCUUCUUUUCCUCGUGUGUGAGGUUUGGCAUGAGAGGGAAAUUUCUCACACUUGAGCUGACAGUGAAGGUCAAAUUUUCACAGACACAUUGAAGCCACACCUACUUCUCUAUUAUUUGACAAUUGUGCACCAAAUCUGUUCUUUAAACAGAAACUGACCUUUUUUUGUCCUUUUAUCUUUCUAUUUUUCAUAUAUAGUCCAAGAUAAAACACCAAAAAAAAAGAAAAAAAAGAACAGGGCGGCUCUGUGAAAUCUCAGCUGGCGCUCCCCCAAAACAUCCCCAUUGUGCACACAUGCUUUCUGGCACAAAGUGAUCUGUGUGUGCCUUAUAAAUGCUGCCACACCUUGUUCUUCGCCAUAUGUGCUGCCUCUCCUGGUGUCAGGAGAGGUGGAGGAGGUAAAAACAAAAAAAAAAAGAAAGGUGAGACAAAGGAUGAUCAUCACAUCAUUUGCGUCACUAUUAGCUACGUCUCAGGUCAGAACAGAGCCUAUAGGAGCUUCUAAAAUAAGCAGGAGCCGAGUCAUGUGUCAAAGCAGGGGAUUGAUUUGAAAGCUGCCAACAAAUAUUACAUUCCAAAGGCUUAGCGAAAGUCAGUUCAAUCACUGCAACCUAAGUGUUGAGUAAAUAUCAGUCAGGGUUUAGUAUAUUUUUAAGAAGAUGAAAGCUCAUCUGCCAACUCUCUCCGCCAAAUACCACACACAAGUUUACUGGACAUGCUCACAUAUCUGUUAUAGGGCAUUCUUCUAAAAGACUGUCUGAAGAGAGGUCAACCAGCAACAUGUUAUGUUAUAUCAUUUAAAAAUGAUUUUAAAAUGUGCUGUGCGUAAAUAAUAAGGUAACAAAACAUCUGUAUUGAUCUGGGUUUUGAUAUCUCAAUAACUUCACUUUCACUUCUUUUUCUCUUGUUGGUCACAUAUUCUUGGGGUGCACAAUGUUAAAUAUCAGCCAUUUAUUUUUUUGAAAUCUGUACAGUGUAUAUAAAAUAUAAAUGUGUAUAUAAACAAAGAUGCCUCGGG